AAGCUAGACUUACAGUAGAUAGAAUGGAUCUGCUAAUUCACAAUCUAAUAAACACACAUUUCCAACACAAAAUUAACCUUUUUUUUUUUUUUAAAUUAAGAUGUGAAUAUAAUAACAUUAACUUAAAUAAAAAAACUCCCAGAUUUCUUUUAAUUAAAGCCCCAAUUCUGAUGUUGGUAGUGUCUAGCUGGUGUAUUUCUAUGCUCUAGCCCCUCAGCUGUGUGGUUUCAGUGCUUCAGUGGGUCAUUCAGCUUUGUGCAAACCCCAGAAAUGGAGCAUGUCUCCAGUGUUUGUCCCUCUGUGUCUUCUGAAGAAAACGAACCAGCCACCGACGACAGCUCCUCCACGGAAGACGGACUAGUCGAUGCAUUCGGCGACCUGGCUGCCCUCCCGGUCGAGGUGGGCGAGAGAAGACCCACGUGUUUGCGGUGCCGUCGUCCUCAGAAGGUGUGUCUCUGUCCUUUUCUUCCACCUCAACCCCUGGAGGUCUCCACAUGUCUGUACGUGGUGCAGCAUCCUGCAGAGGAGAGCAGAGUUCUUCGCACAGUGCCGCUACUUGCUGCCUGUUUGCCACAAGGAAAAUGCAACGUCAUAGUGGGACGGAGAUUCAACGAGGAAAAACACCCGGAGCUGGCAGCGGUGUGUCGGGACAGCAGGACGCUGAUCUUGUACCCGGGUCCCAAUUCCCAGAACCUGGAGGAGUUGUUGCAAAACCAGGAAGUAGGAACGGUGAAACACAAUGUGAUCAUCAUAGACGGCACCUGGAGCCAGGCCAAAAACAUGUUCCUCAAAAACAGCCUGUUCCACCUGCCUAAACAGGUGCAGCUCAGUAGGACUCUUUCCAGUCAGUAUGUGAUCCGCACACAACCCUCCAACAUCUGUCUGUCCACGCUGGAGUGUGCUGCUGUCGCCCUGUCCAUCCUGGAGCAGAACGACGAAAUCCAAGAGGUUCUGCUGAGGCCUCUGAAAGCCCUGUGCUCCUUCCAGCUGCAGCACGGCGCUCAGGUUCAUCACAGCAAGGAGCAUCUGCUGAAGAACGGCAUGUACGACAAACCCAUGCCGAAGAACAAACGCAAGAUAAAGAGGAUGGAGAAACUCGUCACUGACCACAACGUCUGCCCGAGAUGAGGGAGCGACUGAGCGGAGAAGCUCGACUCAUCUCUGUAUGUCGGCUACGCUGCACAGGACUGUUUCAUCAGAGCAGCGUGUGACGGCAUCGGGGCAGAGAAAAGGAAACCACUGGACUUUUUUGGGGGGGAGUUUGUUUUAUAGAUAAUUGCUGCUUAAUGUAAUUUAUGUAUACGUCAUUAAUUUAAAAUAAAUUAACCACACACUUAAGUUGUAAUUUAAAUGUCAUGGUGGGACAAUAAAUCAGUUUUCGUUGUUUUAAAAACAAAUGACAUUGUUACUCACUGCGUUUUAUAAACAUUACGGUGGUUCUGUUUGGAUAUACAUGACACAUCUGGAAAGGGUGCUACUCCAAACAUCAGCAGCACAUACACAUUACAGCAGGACAAAAAAGGGAGAAUUGAGAAUUGUAUUGUACUGUAUGUGAGGUUGGGAAUGUUGAUGAUGUGAGAUCUUUCCAAUAUACAUUAAGGUACAAUUUAACUGUAAUGUUUUUAAGAUAUUUUACAAGGAUUUUUUAAAUUAGAUAUUACACGUAAGGAUUUAAAAGUAAAUCUGACUGGACAAGGUCCUGUAAAAUAAAAGUAUACAAAUAAAAUGUACAUGUUUUUGAAUCUUAUUUUAGGUCUCAAAGUGUCAAUUUUGCCAUUUGCAAAUGCUGAGAACUGAAUUGAAUGAGUUAAAUCUGCAAAAAAAAAAAGUUGUCAUGUCAAACUUAUUAAU